AUGGAGACUGGCAUUUCGAAGGCCCCGGAGCCAGGUGCGCCCGAAGGUCCCUCUACCACCAGCAUCGAGUCCGAGUCGAAGCCUCCAGCCUCUCACCAAAGUGGAGCAGCGCAUGUUCGUGAACAGGAAGGAGGUGAUUCAGAUGCAAGACGUUCGAAUCAGAAUGGCGCUACAAGGCGAGAUGCCCGAGGUGGUCGAGGAGGUCGUCAGGGCAAGAAGAGAGAUAUGGGGAGGAAGGAGUGGGCUAAGACCAAAGUAGACAAGCGCCAACGGAACGAUGACGAGCAAGCCGCCAAACGCCAACGCAUCGACCAAGGCAAGGAGGAACUACCGAUUUACGCUACGAAGUUCAGCGAGGAGGUGCUUGCGGCCGAGGAGAGAAGACCUAAAAAGAAGGUUGCUGUCCUUAUUGGAUACGCUGGAACUGGCUACAAGGGGAUGCAACUAGCGCAUGACCAGAAAACGAUCGAAGGAGACCUCUUCCAAGCCUUCGUUGCGGCCGGCGCCAUAUCCAAAGCCAACGCUGACGAUCCCAAGAAGUCUUCCUUUGUGCGGUGCGCGCGCACCGACAAGGGUGUCCAUGCCGCCGGCAACGUGAUAUCACUGAAGUUGAUCAUUGAAGACGAAGACAUAGUGAAGAAGAUCAACGAAAACCUGGUCCCCCAAAUUCGGGUCUGGGGGUAUGAACGGACCAGUAACAGUUUCAGUGCUUAUCAAUUGGUCGACUCCCGGAUAUAUGAGUAUCUCAUCCCUACACACAGCUUCCUACCACCACACCCGAGCAGUUUUCUUGCGAGGAACUGUGAAAAAUGGGCAGAGAAGAAGGGUGACGUGGACGGGUACAGAAAGAGACAGGAAGAAGUAUUGGGAUACUGGGAACAGGUGGACGAGGAGAUGAUCAAGCCGAUUCUGGCGGAAUACGACGAAGAGAUUCGUGCCAUUCUGGAGAAGGCACUGUGGCUGAAAACAGAAGGUGACUACGACGGGGUCAGUGGUGCAGACCUGUCGGUUCCCACGACUACGGAGGUUGAAGGAGACGUUUCUAAACUAGAGUUGCUGCAAGAAGCGGAAGGCAAAGGUGCAGAAUCGCAAGGCAAGCUUCCUGUAGACAGCAACAACAACGAAGAAGACACCUCCCCAACAGAAGACCCAACAGAUCCAUCCAAAUUACCGCGGUCGCGUAUCCUCGAAGAAGCUACGAAGCGGAUCCGGCAGGCCUAUAUCGCCGCCAAACGAGCCUACCGCAUUGCCCCUGAACGACUCGACCGGAUCCAAGAGGCACUCAACCUGUUUGUGGGCACACGCAACUUUCACAACUACACCGUUCAGAAGACUUUCAAGGAUCCCAGCGCAAAGCGAGUCAUCAAAUCCUUCCUUGUCAAUAGGACGCCCAUCCUUAUCAACGGAACAGAGUGGCUGAGUAUGAAAGUGCACGGGCAGAGUUUUAUGAUGCACCAGAUCCGCAAGAUGGUCGGGAUGGUCGCGCUCGUCGUGCGUUGUGGAUGUGAGCCUAAGCGACUAGUAGAGAGCAUGGGACCUGACAGGCUGUCCAUCCCCAAAGCGCCUAGCUUGGGCCUUCUGCUCGAACGUCCGGUAUUCGAAUCAUACAACAAGCGUGCCAAAGACUCACUCGCCAAAGAAGCCAUCGACUUUGACAAAUACAAGGAGGAGAUGGACAAGUUUAAGCAGGAACAAAUUUACGAGCGCAUGUACCGGGACGAGGAGAAGGACAACAUCUUUGGCAAUUUCUUCAAUCACGUCGACAACUUUCCUAGCGAGCCCUUUUUGUUUGUCACCUCAGGCGGCAUCGAAGCAACAAGGACGAAACCGUUGGUUGGGGCGAUCGAGAAAGACGAGACGAAGGGUGCGGACGCACUGUUGAAUAAUGGGGAUGUCGGUGUCGACGACGAGAACAGCGAUGCGGAAAAUACUGUCAAGGAUAACCAUGGUGACGAAGGCUGA